AUGGCACCUGCCAUCUUUGAAAAACUCAGACGAGAAACAACAUCACAAGCAGAAGCAGCAGCAACAACACCAUCAUCACCAUUACCACCACAAACACCCACCAGAGCACCAACGCCAAUAGAUGCAAGCAACGGCAUUGGCGGCAUACCAGGAAACAUUGAAACCCCCUCCUCAUCGGGAACAACAACAGUCCUCAUCAUCGUCAUCCUCUGCUGCGCAUCCGCCAUCAUGUCGGCGACACUCUUUUACAUAUUUGACCGCAAGAAGAACGCCCAGUUCCGUGAAGCGUGCAAGCGGGACCCCUACCUCACGCGGAAAGAAUUCGUGCGCCGGCGCAAGCUUAGCGUCCUGGAGCGGCUCGAGGAAGAGGAGCUGCAGCGGAGCAUCAUGAUUCGCAAGUCGCUCGCUAGCCGCGGGCCGUCGAGGAGUAAUAGCUGCGAGGACGUUUUCGACCUCUCUGCGAUGCAGCAGCAAGCAAGAGAUAUGCCGGAGCCGCCGAGGGGGAGACAGCAGAUGAGUGAGCACCAGGAACAAUUACAUCAUGGGCAGCAGUUAUCUGGGGAGUGGGCACCCAGCGAAGGGAGGAGCAGGUCCGGGUCGGAGACUUCGAGUUCGGCUUCGUCAGCGAGGCGGGCUUAUGCCGAGCCCCAUACUAGUGUGGAGGCCGAGGCCGAGGCUGCCGGUGCCCCGCUGACUCCGCAGUCCAGCGCGCCGUCGCCGAGCCGGUCGGUGCUGGAUAAAGAGACCGCUCCGCCGCCGAUUCACCCGAUGCAGGAGAUUACGCGACCACUGGCGGCGGUACCGAGACCUUCUGGUGGCUCUUCGCAUUUUUCAUGA